CCAUGCCGCAUCCCCGCCGACAGUAGGCUAGUUUUCCUCCAACUUUUUCUGUCUCUUACUCAUUAGUUUACAUCCGACUGAACAAGUGCGCUCACAGUUUCUACCGAUCUCUCCUGUCUUCAAAACGUCAGACGAUGAAAGCGUCACUGAAAAGUAUUUGGCAGCUGAAGAAUAGGGUGAUUCUAUUCUGCACCCCAUUUAUUCUCUUACCUCUCCCUCUGAUCAUCGGCACCCCGGAGGCCGGCUGCGCCUACAUCAUCGGCCUGAUGGCGGUGUACUGGUGCACGGAGGUCCUGCCACUAGCCGUCACCGCCCUGCUGCCGGUCAUACUGUUCCCCAUGCUCGGCAUCAUGGAGUCCGAAGAGGUGUGCAUGCAGUAUCUGAAGGACACCAACAUGCUGUUUGUGGGAGGGCUGAUUGUGGCCGUGGCCGUGGAGCACUGGAACCUGCACAAACGCAUUGCCCUCCGGGUGCUGCUCAUCAUAGGGGUGCGGCCAGCGCUGCUAAUGCUGGGCUUCAUGGGAGUGACGGCCUUCCUGUCCAUGUGGAUCAGCAACACGGCCACCACCGCCAUGAUGGUGCCCAUCGUGCAGGCCGUGCUGGAGCAGCUCAACAGCAGCCAGACCGAGGGGCCCCAGAUCCUCAGCAGCGAUGAGCAGACUCUGCAGCCUGAGGGAGAGGACAAGCAGCUCGCCAAGCAGCCCGGCAAGCAGGCCGACGGGCACGUGGUGGUGAACGGCCUGUCGAUGCUGACGGAGGCGGAGAGGUCUGAGGAGGCGGCGGAGCAGAGGAAGAUGUGCAGAGGCCUGACCCUGUGCGUGUGCUACGCGGCCAGCAUCGGGGGCACCGCCACCCUCACUGGAACUGGCCCCAACCUGGUGCUCAAGGGGCAGAUGAGCCAACUGUUCCCUGAUAACGGCGACGUCAUCAACUUUGCGUCGUGGUUUGGGUUCGCCUUCCCCAACAUGAUCCUCAUGCUUAUCCUGGCCUGGCUCUGGCUGCAGUUCGUCUUCAUUGGCUUCAACUUUAAGAAGACGUGGGGCUGUGGCGCAGUGAAGUCGGAGAAGGAGAUGGCAGCGUACGGCGUGAUCCGUGAGGAGCACAGGCGGCUGGGGCCCAUGUCGUUCGGCGAGAUGAGCGUGCUGUCGCUCUUCACCCUGCUGGUGGUGCUGUGGUUCACGCGCGACCCCGGAUUCAUGCCCGGCUGGGCCACACACCUCUUCCGCUCUGACGCAGAGUACGUCACAGAUGCCACAGUGGCGGUGUUUGUGGCGGCACUCCUCUUCGUCCUCCCCUCCAAGGCUCCCCGCCUCUGUUUCCGGUCCAGGAGCUCGGAUAGAGAGGCCCAGCCACCCCAAGCUGCUUCCCCGGCUCUGCUCACCUGGAAGGUGGUCCAGAAGAAACUCCCCUGGAACAUCGUGCUGUUGCUGGGGGGAGGGUUUGCCUUGGCCGAAGGCAGCAAGGUGUCAGGUCUGUCCAAGUGGCUGGGAAACCAGAUGACUCCCCUCCACACUGUCCCUACCUGGGCCAUCGCCAUCAUCCUGUGCCUCCUAAUCGCCACCUUCACCGAGUGCGCUAGCAAUGUGACCACCGCCACCAUCUUCCUGCCCAUCCUUGCCUCCAUGUGUCAGUCUAUAGAGGUGAACCCGCUGUACGUCAUGGUUCCAUGCACUCUAAGUGCCUCUUUUGCUUUCAUGCUGCCCGUGGCCACACCCCCAAAUGCUAUCGUCUUCUCCUAUGGCUACUUAAAGGUGUCCGACAUGGCUAAGACUGGCGUGGUCAUGAACAUCAUAGGAAUCCUCUGCAUCACCCUUGCUAUCAACAGCUGGGGCAAGAUCAUGUUCAACCUGGACUCCUUCCCCUCCUGGGCCAAUGCGACAGGGUUGUGAGCAGGCAGUGUGAAGUCGCCCCCUAUGGGGGACACCAGGCGCCCCAUUUCCCUGCCCCCUCCCCCGAUUGUUUGAGGAUGGGCGGCAGAGACCCUGCAGCCUGGCAGUUGGCAGGUACACUGAUGGGCGGGGCUGCCUGCUGCAUUAUAAUGCAUUAAUGUGUCACUGGAAGGGGGUGGGUGAAGGAGGGGUCUACUGUAAUGCUAAUUUCUCGCAUACUGUAUGUACACAUAAAUUAAGUCUAUAUUGGGGGUGGGGGGAGGACCACAGUUUUUUUUGGGGGGGGGGUUUUGGUCUUUGCAAGAUUUUUAUUGCAAUUUCAGAUUUCACAGCCAUUUCUAUGCAGACCCUAGAGGUAAUAACAUCCACCAAAUAUGAGUGCACAUGGGUCGUUUUCCAAAAUUCACUCACCCCCCAAAAACGUGAGUUUGAAACACUGUAUUUCAAUUGUACUUUAAAUGGGACCUGACACUAGCAGUCCAAUCUGUCUCUUUUUUAUGAGUACAGGUGUAACCAAUGAGGCAGACCAAACAAAAACUGAAAAUCUUGCAUUUCAAAUGCUAUACUCCCCAAAGUGCACUUAAAAUGCACUUUCUAUUCCAAUUUGUAUUUUGAAUCCUUAUCUAUAUAAAUACCACAAACAGCCUUGUGCGUUUGACUAGAAGAGGGUAUUACUGUACAGACUUUGGCUUUGUCCUCUCCCUUUCUGGUGCGGGUCCCUGUAAAAUUCUGUGCGUUGCAGUGCAAUCACACUUUUAAGAGUUACUGAGGUGAAGGCUUCAAGGUGAGGAAGGGAUUUCAUAUAAUUUCAUUAGAAUUACACAGAAAGUGUGUUUUAAUAUAUACAGUAUGGCUUUUUAAAAAAGAUAUUUUUAUAGCUAUGUAUUUUGUGUAUUUAACAGUAUACACAUACAUCAACAUGAUAUUGCUGUACAUGUUGUAUAUUUGACACAUGCUUUGACAAAUCAAAUAUACAUUAUGUGUAUUUCAUAUAAUGCAUUUUAAAGAUUAUCAAGGGCUGAAAUUAAUUUUUUGAAAAAGUUGAUAUAUUAUUAUAUAUGUUUUUAAAUGAAUAAAGUAUUGAAUACAUUUCUUGGACAAAAAAUUGUUUGGUUAAAUGUUCCAAGCAGAGACAAUGAUUGUCCUAGCCCUGCUUGGAACAUCCAUCCAAAUACUUUUAUAGGGUGUUCGUUUCUCAGAGAAUAUUAUAAGUGCCUUGUAAUAUGUGUGUUUUUGCAAUACAUUCACUAGUUAACUUGGUUAGCCUGAAGUGUCUACAUCUAUGACCUCUCGGACCAUCCCUUACAGAAAUGGAAUACAUUUGAAAAUAUAUUUAAAGAAAUAUAUUGUCAGCAUAUUUCUAAACUUCACAAUGCAUUGGCAACUGUAUAAAUUAUUGCUGCUUUAAGACACAAAGCAUUACAUCACUGUGAAAUAUAUUUUAAUUAUGUUUUCAAAAAUAUCUUGUCAUAUUUACAAUGUAUUGCAGUAUUUCCCAUUUCUGUGAGGGAUUAUAUUGAAAAAAAUAGAAAAUAGAAAAUGGAACUACAAAAAGGAUGCAGCUAAUACAAGUUAUUAAUAUGGGUAUGAUCUUUUUUCCUUGUUUUUGUUUUCUCAAGCAUUCAUUCGUACUAGUUUUCUAUUAUGUAACUCUAUUGUUUAUAAUAAUAAUAAUAAACUUUUUGUCAUGGUGGGUGCUGCAUUAUAUUUAUAGCCAUGUAAUCAAAUGUAAUGAAAGUCUUUCUACAUUUACUUGAAACUGAUGUUUGUUAAUAUUGUGCAGUAUCACAUGUCAUCUGAUUGAAUGCAUUCCAGAGCAUUCCCCUUGAUAACUCUGAUAUACUUGUCCCCCGUGAUUUUAUUAUUGAAAGUAAGUUGCUUCUUGUAAGUACUAUAACGCAUUUAAAUGAGUUUUGACUAAAACAAUUUAGAUAACACUUUUUAUUAAUUUUUUCUCAAGCUGUAUACAACUUCUUCAUGAGCACAACAUGAGCAUUCAUAACAUUAUGAACUGCAAUUAGUUACUUAUGCUGCAAAUGACACUACCAUGAUAUGCUUGACACACUGUAUGCCUAUCUGCAGUUAAUCACAUAAGCAUUUCCAAAUGUGUAUGUAGUGCUUAUGAAGGGGUUAUAUAACCGUUGUGAAGGGCCAUUCAUUGAUAGUAUUACAGUGGUUUGAUCAUUGGAUGCAUUACAUUUUUUUAUCAGUGACUCUUACAAGUGGAAUGCAUUGUAUUUUUGUGGUUUGAAAAAUCUCUAAAGUAUAUUGGAAUAUUACAAUGCUGAAAACAAAUGCCAAAUCUAUGAAUGAAAUUAUGCAGGAAACAUCUUGUGCAUUGCAAUUUCAUGUAACAUAUAUCUUUACUGUAUGUUCAAGGUACCAUAUAUUUUUUUGAAUGUAUAUACAAAAUGAUUGACAUUAAUCAUAUUUCAAACUAUAAGACAGCAAUUUAGUGAGGUGUAACAACUAACUACUUGUCAAAAUAACACUGUUACUUGAUGAGGAUGAUCAUUGCAUUUAUACAGUGCCUUUACUGCCAUGAUCUCAGAGCACUUUACAGUGACUCACUCCACCGCAAAUCUGAAGAUCAUGAGGUGUACAAGUCAUAACGGGUAUAUUUCAUGAUGAACUGUUUCAAGGAUUUGCUCAAAAUUCCUGAGUCACACUUUCUAUGGUACUCAUGACAACAAUUGUGGCCAGAUCAAAAAUCCUGCAUAAUGUUAGGUUCCGCAUUAAUUCAACAAAGCUGUUUGGUCAUAUUAAAGUUAUGAAACAAUCGCGUGAAAAUUUCAAGUUAAUUGGCCCUCCAGCAGAAUGUUUGUACCGGUUUGGCACGCUCCGGCACUACUGUAUCCCACAUUGCUUGGCAUUCUCUAAAAUGUGUGUAACCACUGCACCAGAGCACUACGGUUCUUACCCAGCCAGACAGGCAGACUGCAGGCACCCAGUGGAGGCUGGGUAUACUUUACUCAGGCAGCCGUGAUGCACUUUCCCUGGGUGGUGUUAAGGCCAACUGUGUGUAGCCCAUUGGUACUGGGAAGAAGAGGAUUUAAUCUCAGACUGUAGCACUGAUUCCUACACAGAGAGCUAAUGCUUUAACCAUCCCAUGUGGCAUCCGGGAGCGUUAUUUUUGGACAGACCGGACCAGCCAAUGUCUUAUUUGCUAUCGGUACAUGUUUAUGUGUGUGUAUAUAUACCUGUAUUAAAAAUUCCAUUACAAGUAA